GAUUAACUCCUCUAAUGAUAAAAUCAUUUUGCCAUGUUAGAAGACACUCUUUCAGAAGAAGACAUUUGGGAAUACAAAUCUAAAAGAAAACCAAAAGUAGUUGACCCAAAUAAUUGCUCUGAAAAUAUUCCAAAACCUGUUGGAAAAGCAAAAGAGGGAAAAUACCAGUCAAAACGAAAGAGAAGCAGAAAAAGAACCAUAGAAGCUAAAGAGGAGGUAAAGGACCAUGAGGUGUCCCCUAGAGCAGCACUUUGUCAGGCUUCUGUAGCUUCCAGUCAGAGUUCAAGUUGUGGAGAUGGUAGUCAACAGUCUCAAGACAAGGAGACCACUCCAGGAAGGUUGUGUAGAACUCACAAAAACAAACACGUGUCUCCAAAGAUACGUCCAGUUUAUGAUGGAUACUGCCCAAACUGCCAGAUGCCUUUUUCCUCAUUGCUAGGUCAAACACCUCGAUGGCAUGUCUUUGAAUGUUUGGAUUCUCCACCAGUCUCUGAAGCAGAGUGUCCUGAUGGUCUUCUGUGUACCUCAACAAUUCCUUCUCAUUACAAGAGAUAUACUCACUUUCUCCUGGCUCAAAGCAGGGCUAGUAAUAGCCCUUUUAGCAGCCCAUCACGUGUGUCAGGUGGUAGUUUCAGAGAGAAUAAUUCAGGCUUUCUUUGUAGCCUUGAGGAAAGAUGGUCUCUGUAUGAGAAACAAACUGAGAAUUUAAAAGUUAUUUCAAACAAUCCAUUGUUGAAGACGCAGUGUUUAAGAAAAUCUCGAUCUCAAUCUCCAGCUGAAACCAACAAAAAGAUUUCCUCUUCUGCAAAUAGCCAAACAUCCCAGAGGGCUCUACAAUUUACAGAAUUUGUUAAGAAUGACAAACUCGUAGGAGUUGGUUUGCCUCUUGCCGAUGAAGAAUUAGACAGCCAAAACAACUCAGAACCCAUAAAUUUGGCAUUGCCGGAAAAUGACUUUAGUGACUGUGAAAUCUCCUAUUCUCCACUUCAGAGUGAUGAAGAAACUCACAACGUAGAUGAAAAGCUGGAUGAUUCACAACAGGAACUAUUUUUUACUGAAAGCUCAAAAGAUGGCAGCCUAGAAGAAGAUGACCACAGCUCUACUUUGUUUGAAAAACUACAAGAUCCCUUAUUGCAGGACCAGGAGGAGAGCUGCCCCAAAGUGAACGGCUUCUUAACUCAAAAUAAGUAUGAUGAAGAACUGUAUGAAUACAGUACUCUAAAUGAUUCGUCUAAACUUACUUCCCAAAAUAAUGAGAAUAUUACUUCGUAUUACAAUCCAGCAUAUACUGGUGGUGAUUUUAUGUUGUUUCCACCUGCAUUAGCAGGGAAGCUUGCUGCUUCUAAUUAUAAAGUAAAACCUUAUGAGCAAGAAUUUCACUCAUCUCAAUCAAAUAAACAGAAACAGGUCAUUGAAGGAUCAGCUGUUUAUAAUCAAGUUUCUCUUCCGUUAGUUACAGGCGAAAUAUCGAAACAUUUUGAAAGCCAGGAAGGAGGGUAUCUUUCUUUCCAUCCAACCCAAAGUAAAAUUAGAGAAUUAACUAGUGAGAACCUCAGUGCCAAGAACAGUACUAACUCAGCAAGUUUCCACAGAAAGGCAUUAGUUGGUAUGCUAGAUGGUAAAGCUACAGUUUUAAAUACAAAAAAAUUUUCUGGUGCACCUACUGCUUCUGAGUCUUUGAAAAUACCACCUUCUGGUCCUAAGUGUAAUGCAAGAACACCUACCAAGGUAAUGAAGCAAACGGAUAUAGGUGUAUAUUUUGGACUACCACCUAAAAGAAAAGAACAGAAAUUGCUGGGGGAAAGUGCAUUAGAAGAGAUAAACUUAAAUCCAGUUCUAAGUCCUAAUAAAAAGAGGUCCUUGCAGUGCAAGAGGAAAGCAGAAAAGUCUUUAAGUGAUUUAGAAUUUGAUGCAAAGAAUUUAAAUGAGAGUCAGAUUUCAGUGGAACUUUCCAGUGAGAGGUUGCAGCGUCGAAGAAAAAGACUUAAAAAAUCAAAUUCACUGCAGGAAGGGGCAGGAAGAGGUCAGAAGGAAGAGAGCAGGAAGAGAGCAGGAAGGAAGAGGUCAGAUCACCUUAUUAACAAUACAGAAUCUGGAACAGUCAAUUUAAGUAAAGACAAAGCCUUUGUAAAAUCAGCUCAUGGCGAGCUGCAAAGAGGGAACAAGAAAAUCUCAGAGUCAUCUAAUGCAGGAGAAUUAAGAAAAAGGACAUGUCCAUUCUAUAAGAAAAUACCUGUACAUCCUGUUUUGCAGAUAACUGGCAAUUUGUUGAAGAACAAGCUUCAUGUGCAAGAACAAUAUAUCCAUCCAUUGCCGAUGGACACUGAAUGUGUUGUGAAUGGUGUCAAAGUUGUUUUGCUUGAUGCCAAUCAUUGUCCAGGUGCUGUCAUGAUCCUUUUUUAUCUUCCUAAUGGUACUGUCAUAUUACAUACUGGAGACUUCAGAGCAAAUCCCAGCAUGGAACGUUCUCUUCUUGCAGGCCAGAAAGUCCAUAUGCUGUACUUAGAUACAACAUACUGUAGCCCAGAAUACACCUUUCCGUCUCAGCAAGAGGUUAUCCAGUUUGCCAUCAACACUGCCUUUGAGGCUGUAACUCUAAACCCACGUGCUCUUGUUGUGUGUGGCACUUAUUCUAUUGGAAAAGAGAAAGUCUUCCUAGCCAUUGCUGAUGUUUUAGGAUCAAAAGUGGGCAUGUCCCGGGAAAAAUAUAAAACAUUACAGUGUCUCAAUGUACCAGAAAUUAAUUCACUCAUCACUACAGACAUGUGCAGUUCAUUGGUUCAUCUUCUCCCAAUGAUGCAAAUUAAUUUUAAGGGUUUGCAGAGUCAUUUGAAGAAGUGUGGUGGGAAAUAUGAUCAGAUUUUGGCUUUUCGACCUACAGGAUGGACACACUCUAACAAGUUAACUAGUAUAGCAGAUGUUAUUCCCCAGACCAAAGGAAACAUUUCAAUAUAUGGUAUAAUUAUUAAAUUUUCUCACUUUUAA